ACACACACACACACACACACUGACCGGCGCAGCCAAAUGUAAAUUGCGCAGUCGCAGUACCGACCAGACCGACGAAAUGUCCUUUUCAUCCGAGGCACUACCGGCGGGUUGGAUUGAGAAGACGUCACGUUCGACGGGACGCAAAUACUACCUCAACACGAUGACGAAUGCGAGCCAGUGGGAGCGACCGACCGAACCGGCGCAAGACGUCGUGCAGGCGUCGCACGUUCUCGUAAAGCACCGCGACAGUCGCCGACCGUCGUCGUGGAAGUCGGAAAAAAUCACGAGAACGAAAGAAGAGGCACUGGCCAUGUUACAGGGUUUUCGCGACAAGAUUGCAAGCGGGGACGUCGAGUUUGCGGACUUGGCGAAACGAGAGAGCGACUGCAGCAGCGCGCGGAACGGCGGCGACUUGGGAAAAUUCGGACGAAACCAAAUGCAGAAGCCAUUCGAAGAAGCUGCGUAUAGCCUUCGUGUAGGCGAACUCAGUGAGCCAGUUUUUACCGAUUCGGGAAUACACAUCAUUCUCAGAACAGCUUGAGGCGUCUCUUGCUGCACAGAUGACUCUGAUAUGUAGUGCAAUAUGCUUUUAAUAUGAUCGACAUCCUAUCAUUCUAUGAACUCGAGGCUGAUUUAUAUGACCAGUUUGCUGUACGUGGAUUGGUACACUCAAAUUCUAUACCAACUUCUAUGCUGCUUAAUAAAUCGUAAUUUCUGA